AUGGCGGCGACAACUUGCUCAGUUAGUGGCAUCGAAAGUCUGCUCGGCAAGGCAGGACUGGACACACCAAUUCCCGAAUACCCCGGUGCAGAUGUAGUGCACAACCCACAAGACAUCUUCCGAGCUUACCUCGCCGAUAUCAUCCAGAAGCUUCUCGGAUGCGAUAAACAAAUUGCCUACGAUGCCAUACAGACCUCCAACAUCACGGGCAUGGGUGAUCUUAUCGUUGUGGCCCCAAAGCUUAGACUGAGGGACACCAGGCCCGAAGAUUUGGUCAUAGAUCUCGCCGGAAGACUCCCGGUAUCGCCGCCCUUUGGAUGCCCUGUAAAAGACGGCAUUCGUCUGCAGAUUUUCUCCUCUCCAAACACACUCUCCCGACUCUUACUGCCGUAUAUAAAUGACAGAGCUGCCUCAUAUGGCUACGAUAAAUCAAUUGGGCUCACUGACUCUACAGUGCCGGAUAGUCCCAAAAAGAAGCUUGUCGUGGAGUUCUCGUCCCCUAAUAUGGCGAGUGAGUUUCAGGUUUCUCACUUGCGUAGUACUUUGAUUGGUGCUUACAUCGCGAAUAUCCACGCCAGUAUGGGUUGGGACGUUGUCAAGAUGAACUAUCUAGGAGACUGGGGGAAGCAGAUUGGACUCCUUGCUGCUGGUUGGCAGAGGUUUGGCUCGGAAGAAGAGUUCGAGAAACAGCCACUCCGUCACCUUCUCGAAGUCAAUCACAAGAUUCAGGAUCUAUUCAAGCCAGAGCUGGAAGAAUGCAAGGCCGCCAAAGCGAAUAAACAAGACGUGACCGAGAUUGAAUCACGGGGCUUGUAUGCCGAACGAGACAUCUUCUUCAAGAAGAUGGAGGACAGGGAGCCAGAAGCCAUCGCAGUAUGGCAACGAUUCCGCGAUGCAACUGUCAAGGACUAUACCGACUCAUACGCACAGCUCGGAGUGGCAUUCGAUGAGUAUUCUGGAGAAUCGCAGGUAACUGCUGAGUCUAUCAAUGAAGUCGAGCAGAUCUUGAAGGACAAGGACAUAUACGAAGAGCACGAAGACUCGUGGAAGAUCGACUUUUCUAAGCACGACGCAAAAGGGCUCUCACUCGCUGUAUUACGAUACCGAAACGGGACGACUUCUUAUCUGUUACGCGACCUUGCUGCAGUGUUUGAUCGAUACAAGAAACACCAGUUUGACAAGAUGAUCUAUGUCGUUGCGAUGGAGCAAGAAAUGCACUUCCACCGAGUUACCAAGACUCUUGAGCUCAUGGGAAAACAAGAUCUUGCUGAGCGCAUUCAACAUGUUUCUUUCGCCAAAAUCAAUGGACUUCCAGAGAGACUGAAGGACUCAAAGCUUUUGAGCGACUACAUCGAGGGAUGCCACUCGAUGGCACAAGCUGCUCUCGACGAAGAGGAGGAGGGAUCAUAUCAUGUGGACAAGUCCGAGAGAUCGCUGGAAAAACUCGGUCUUGCUGGCCUAUUCUUACAAGAUCACUACCACAAACGAAACACGUCUUAUAUGAGUGAACCUAAGAAAAUGGUACAGCUCCAGGGGGACACGGGUGCAGCUAUCCAAGACUGCUAUGCCAGAUUAUCCAAGAAAUUGGAGUCAGGUCCAACGACCUUCGACUAUACGAAGCUCGAUUACGCCUCGUUAGAAGAGGAGGACUAUGCUGAGCUUCUGCGUAUCCUGCUACAGUAUCCAGAUGCAGCACAUGGCUCUUUCAGAACUCUUGAGCCAUCUUUUAUCGUGGUGUACUUGUCACGACUUAUCGAUCAACUCAUAUGUACGCUUGACGACGAUGAUGAGAAAGAUUGGACCGGUCUUGAUACCGCUAGCGAGGCGCGAUAUGCUCUCUAUGAUAACGCAAGACAGGUGUUUGAGAAUGCGCUGAGACUUCUUGGUGUAUCACCAUAG